AGGAGAGGAGUCAUGAGCUGCGGCGAGCUGUUCCAGGUGUUUAGCACACCCCCAGCCAUGCCUGUGGAUUUUGCCAUGCGGCUCUGCCUGACCCACUCUCCUCCCAUCCGCAAGCUGCUGAACUCCUAUGAGGAGCUGCGGGGUGGCCGGGGGCGCAAACCCCUCCGCUCCUGCCUGAACCAGAAGCCCAGUGCAGAGCCAGAGCGGCGGGACAGCGCCAAGGGCAGCCGGAGCAAGAAGAAGAAGGUGGUGUUUGCUGACAUGAAGGGACUUUCGUUGACAGCUGUCCGCUUCUUCUCCAAGAUUGAGGAGGACCUGUGCGACCUGCAGCAAGCCCUGUCCGACCUGACCUGCCUCAGGCCCAAGCUGCGAGACCCUCGCCCGGAGACAAAGAAGUACACGCUGGACUUCCCACAGCCCUCUGCUGACUACACGGCCUUCCGCAACCGUCUGCACACCAACCUGAUCUGCCUGGAGAACUGUCUGAUCCAGGAGCGCUCCCUGUCAGGGACCGUCAAGGUCAGGAACAUCAGCUACGAGAAGAAGGUGCUCGUCCGCAUCACCUUUGACUCCUGGAGGAGUUUCCGGGAUGUCUGCUGCCAAUACAUGCACAAUACCUACGGCACUGCUGAUGCAGACACGUUCUCCUUCGACAUCACUCUGCCCAAAGCACCCAGCCUCCGUGGAGCCAUCGAGUUCUGCAUUUCCUUCCAAUGUGGGCAGAAAACUUACUGGGACAACAAUGGUGGGAGCAACUAUAAGGUAUGCCACACAAGUUCCUCGUCCCCUCCCAGCACCUUCUGCCAGCUAGUAAGGGGGGCCAGUGUGGCUGGAGAGCAGCUGGGCCCCUCCAAGGCAGCAGCGCUGGUCCUCUCUCACUGGCAGACCUGGAGGUGUUCGGAAAACCAUGGUCCGUACUGGUAGGAACGAGCAUUCUAGGUGUGAGUACCAAUGCUCCGCUCCGGCAGAGGCAAUGCCAUGUGGGAGCCCCGCUGCGGAAGACACUGCUUGCUACUUCACUAGCUUGUCUGUGUCCAUUCUGAUCUUCGCGGACGCUGUUUCAGCACCAAGACCUGCCAUAGAAGCUGGAGGUCGUAGCUCAGCUUGAAUCCCAGGUCUGGGUUCUCCAUGCAGAACGCAUCACUAGCAGAGAUUGCCAGGGAGGCUAGGCAGGGAUUGUGCGGGGGCAUCUCCUGCUGCUGUCUCAUCACUUGCGAAAGUCACUGGGGAAGGGCCAGGCCAGACCUUGGCUUGUUUGCAGAGGCCGGCAAAGCUGCUGGCUGAUCAAACGACUAACCUGCAAUACAAACUGACCAGCCAGCCUAGCAACCAAGGGCUUUUGGACUUGGGGGGGGGGGGGGGGAGGUGAGAAUGGCAGACCCGGUGGGCGUAUAAACAGGAAUGGGAGAGGCUGCCUAAGUGCCUUGUAAUUGGGGACAAAUAGGCAUCCAGGCCCGUGCUGCAGAUAAUGGUAUGACUUUCUGCUGCACCCAAUGGCCAGCAUGUGUACCAUGAGCUAUGCCUGCAUCUCCCCGAAGGGAACCAGUGGCUGUCACUUUAAAUCCCCUCAUAAACAGCAAGGGGCUGUGGGACAAGGCAUCGACCUGGCUGUUGGGGCUUCUGUCUCAUUUACCAUGGUGGGGGUGGCUGGCAGGUUCUUCACAUUAAAGAUGACAGACUGAGGGUGGUCUGACAUGGUGGUGAGAGGCUCAUUGAGAUGUGCUCCUUCAGGACCUGCUGCUGUGGGAAGAAGGCUGGCCGGGGCUUGGCUGACUUUCGCUGAGGGCGCUAGUGACAGCACAUGGGUCGAUGCAUCAGUUCGUAUCACGCCUCUGUAGGUGACCGUGCUCACCUGUGUCUGGUGUUACUGGCCGCCCUCCGGGAGUGCAGUGACUCAGCGCAGUGCAGUGACAGUUUGCAAAGUAUAAGUGUCCAGGGUAGCCUGGCUCACUCUGAGGUCUGUGUGUCUGCAGCCCGUGCAGGGCACAGGCUGAGCUGGACUGGCUGUCAGUGCUCAGCGGGACCAGCUGCCGCUGUGGUUUCGGUCCUGGGCCACUGGGAAACCUUCUGGUUUUAGCUGUUGUGAAUAGAUUUAGAACCUUAAUAAAGUCUCUGUAUUUUGU